CAAACACAAGACGUCAGGAGGACGUCCGUUUGACGUCCUAUAAUGGUCAGUCGGUCAUAUUACCAAAACGCAACUUAAAUGCGACAGUCAAAUGUCUGACCUUACUGCCACGUUAGUAUCUGACCUUAGAAAGACGUACUAUUGACGUCCGAUGCUGACUAUGCGGAUUUUUUUUUCUAACGAAAUUACCCAUGCGGCUUAAUGUUUAAACUUAAGCCGCAUGGGAAAUUUUGUUAGGUAAUAUAUAGCAAAUAUUUAUAGAGGCAUACAGAUCAAUCUAUCUUAGGAUUAUAAGUUUUAAAGAAUGGCAAAAUAUAUGAAGCAGUAUAGAAAAAGGAAAAAAGAGUUACAAGAAAUGUUAAUUUUUAGUAGUAAUGAUGAUGAAAGUGUGUUUAAUGAACAGUUAUUUACUUUAAAUCCGAUACUGUGCUCCUCAUAUAUCAAACUUAGUUUUAAUGAAACUAAUAGCAUCAAUAAUAAAGACAAUGACCUAGUUAGAUCUUCUGAUGAGAGUUCUUUAUUAAAUUCUGAUAUAGUUGAAAGUAAAUCAUCAUCGUUAAACUUUAACUUAAAGGAGAAACUUGCUAUAUGUGCAAUUAAACAUCAAUGGUCUUCUGCAUCAAUAAAUGAAAUUUUGGAGAUUUUACAAGUUGAAGGCUUGCAGGUUCCCAAAGAUUACCGGACAUUGCUGCAUACACCUCGUCGAACAUCUGUUGUUUCAAAAUGCGGAGGAGAAUAUGUCCAUUUCGGUUUGAGAAAUGGAAUUUUAAAAGUUCUUUCUCAAAUUCCAGAGUGCACUGAAAUUAAAUUAAACGUUAAUGUUGAUGGAAUUCCAUUGUUUAAAUCUUCAAGUUGCCAUUUAUGGCCAAUAUUAUGCAAGUUUUCUACUGGUGAUAUAUUCAUUUGUUCAUUGUUUUGUGGUCUCAGUAAACCCAAUUCUUUAAAUGAUUUCUUAAAUGAUUUUUUGAAUGACUAUAAAAACUUGCAUACCAAUGGUUUAAUCUCAAUAAAAAAAAAUUAUCUGUUUCCAUUAGUUCUUUUCUCUGUGAUGCUCCAGCCAGAGCUUUUAUGAAGUCAAUUGUGCUUCACGUGGGAUACAACUCAUGCGAGCAAUGUGAAAUUGUUGGUACAUAUGUUGAUGACCGUGUAGUAUUUCUGCCAGAAGAAAAUAUGGUUAAGAGAGAUGAAUUGGUUUUUAAUAACUUUGGCUAUCCCAAUCAUCAAAAAGAUCAAACACCUUCAGUAGAGGCUGGGAUUUCAUGUAUCAAAGCAUUUGUUUUAGACUAUAUGCACUUAGUUUGUCUAGGAAUUGUGAGAAGAUUAAUUAGAUUUUUGAAAAGUGGAAAAAAGGGCGUAUUUCCAUGCAGCAAAGAACUCACUUAUCGAACCUGCAUGGUGCUUUAAAUGGGUGUUUGCCAACUGAAUUUGCAAGGCAACCAAGGCAAGUAAAUGAUGUUGACAGAUGGAAAACUACAGAGUUUCGCUUCUUUUUGUUGUACACGGGACCUGUAGUUUUAAAAAGAGUUUUGUCAAAUGAGCAGUAUAAACAUUUCCUCUCAUUAAGCAUUGCCGUUUCUAUAUUACUUACAGAUAAUAUUGAUAUUCGCUCUCAGUAUAUCAACUAUGCUAGAGAGCUAUUAAAUUAUUUUGUUAGAAAAUCACCAAGUUUGUAUGGUGAAUGUUUUGUUGUGUAUAACGUACAUAAUUUAUUACAUUUAGUGAAUGAUGUUGAACAUCAAAGAGUAUGAAAAUGCGUUCAUGUUUUUACCAAAAAAAAAAAAAGUAAAUAAGAUUUCCCCUAACUUAAGAGACGGAUGUUUUAUGUUGCAAAAUGGAGAUGUGGCAUUAGUUGACAGAAUUGUACAAGAUAAAAUGCAGUGUAAAGUGUUCAGACCCUGUAACAUGCAAAAAUGUUUAUGUGGAACCUGCAGAGUCUAAGUUAUUCAACAUAUACUUAAUAAAUGAUCUAAACAAGAACUAUAAAUCUAAAGUUUUAGAAAGAAAGAAUUUGAUAAAUAAAUGUGUUUCUAUACCUGAACAGCGUGGGCAUGCUAUUUUUCCACUUUUGCAUCGAUUCUAGAUUAUGCACAUUUAUUUUAUUUGUGUAUCUAUUUGCCUGUAUUAUUACUUUUUUUUUUUUUUAAUUUUGGAUUUUAAAAAUAUUAAUUUUUUUUUUUUAAUAGUUAUUUUUUCUGGUUUUAAUCUUCUUUGAUUUUAUUUUAGACAUGUAUUGAUAGAAUAAUCUGAUAAUCUUUUAAAUUCAUACGUUGCUAUUUUAAAAUGCAUCUGUGUUAUUA